CGUUCUGUAAUUGUUUGUUACUCGUGGCCCUGGCAAUUAUAACCGGUAUAAAUAUGCCUGUUUUUAAAACUUUGCACAGUUGGAAGAUAUUCAAUUUUUCUGAGUAGAACUGACGCAGAAAUCUACGGAAUCAUCAUGGAUAGUGCAACGAUACCAGCUUUAUAUUCGCUCAAAAACCCUGCGUUUGUUUCCUUGGUGAAGUUCGGAACGUUGAUAGUCGCGAAAAUGGUAUUGAUGUCCAUUGUUACCACGAUAUACAGAGUGAUAUACAACUCAUACGUAUCUGAGGAAGAUUAUGCACUUGUGUAUCCUGAAGACAAAGAAAAAGUCAAGAAAAAGGCUUUGGUUGCACAGAAUGCAAAUGUUGAAAGAGUACGCAGAGCCCAUCAGAAUGAUUUAGAAAACAUUGUUCCAUUUGUGUUGUUGGCAAUGUUUUAUAUCGCUACGAAUCCAGAUCUCGCCACAGCGGCCCUUGUUUUUAAGAGUUUUGCUGCCAUUCGUUUUCUUCAUACAAUUUUUUAUAUUGGCAAAAUUCGUCAGCCAUCUAGAAGUCUUGCUUUUUUUGGAGGAUUAUUGAUCAACAUGUUCAUGGCACAACAAAUUCUCUUUUCUCUUUGUGAUCUCGAAACAUAAGGAAUACUUGAACUCUUGUUUCAACAGAAAUUUAUUUUUCGUCGCUAUUAAAGCGACAAGUCGAACUGUGCCUGCUAAUUAGCACCGCUAAAGAUGUCUGUCAAUAACAGGUGAACCAUAAUAUCCAAAAGAUAUACUGUUUCAGUGUAUAGGUCGAACUCGCUGUCUUGCCCGCCCGCUUUCGAUUUUAUAUAUGUUUUUAGAUCACAAUGUUGUGCCGGCACAUUACAAUCGUUAAGUUGUUAUAUGCUCUUCUUUUUAUCGUGUUUAUCUUUGCCUGUUUUUAUAUAAUAAUACAAUCAUGUAAAAGAAA